GCGCUCCCCCGCCGUGUACAGCUGAGGCGGCUCAGCGCUGCUCGGAGGGAGGGCGGUGGGGCUUCAGGCUUUUCAGUAAAAGGGGCGUUUUUCUCUCAUUGCAGACACCUUCCAUGCCUUUCUGCUGGAGAACGUGGGAUCCGCCUCGACGCUAGCCUGCUGGGGUUUACUGGUUGUUAAGUAGACUUCAGAACAGUGUGACAUCGCUCCGCCAGGCCCUUCCUUCCUGAGAAAGGGUAGCUGAUGCUUUGUGAGCCAUCACAUACCAACUUCAUGUAUUCCUAAGAUUGUCAUCAGCUUCUUGUUUUUUUUCUGAGGCCUUACUGAGGUUUAAUAACUUAUAGAUUCUAGUUGUUAUAAAGUAAUUUAAGAUGUUUGUACUACUCGGUUUUAACUGUCUAAUUGACUCUUGUAUUACGAGACAUUGUUUUAAAUUGGGAAUGGUUAAAUGGCCAAAGAAUUAAAUUACUUACGGAUAAGGGCUAUUUUAUUUGACUACUGUUGGCCUGCAACUUAAACUUGCAUCUUUUAUUUUUUUAUCCUAUGCUUUUUCUGUGUUAUGGCUGCUGCAACAAUAGUUCAUGAUACAUCAGAAGCAGUAGAGCUCUGUGCUCCCUGUGGGUUAUACCUUAAACCUAUUACAAAAAUGACCAUCAGUGUGGCACUUCCUCAGCUGAAACAACCGGGAAAAUCCAUUUCAAACUGGGAAGUGAUGGAAAGAUUGAAAGGGAUGGUGCAGACUCAUCAGUUUUCCACUCUGCGGAUUUCUAAAAGCACAAUGGAUUUCAUUCGGUUUGAAGGAGAGGUUGAAAACAAAAGUUUGGUUAAAUCUUUUCUGGCUUGCCUUGAUGGCAAAACAAUAAAGCUGAGUGGCUUCUCUGACAUUUUAAAAGUCCGUGCUGCGGAAUAUAAGAUUGACUUUCCUACCAGACAUGACUGGGACUCGUUUUUCCGUGAUGCAAAAGAUAUGAAUGAGACUUUGCCAGGAGAAAGGCCAGAUACUAUUCACUUAGAGGGCUUACCUUGUAAGUGGUUUGCAGCAAAGGACUCUGGUUCGGAAAAGCCAAGCGAAGAAGUCCUUAUAAAAGUUUUCAAGAAAUUUGGAGAGAUACGUAAUGUGGACAUACCCAUGCUGGACCCUUACAGAGAAGAAAUGACUGGCAGAAAUUUUCACACUUUCAGUUUUGGAGGCCAUUUAAAUUUUGAAGCUUAUGUUCAGUAUCGAGAGUACGCAGGUUUCAUUAAAGCCAUGAAUGCCCUGCGAGGGAUGAAGCUGAUGUAUAAAGGCGAAGAUGGCAAAGCAGUGGCUUGCAAUAUAAAGGUUUCUUUUGACUCUACAAAACACCUCAGUGAUGCAUCAAUUAAGAAGCGUCAGCUUGAAAGGCAAAAGCUUCAAGAGCUUGAAAAACAGAGAGAAGAACAAAAGCGUAAAGAGAAGGAAGCUGAGGAAAAACAAAAAGAGGAAGAAAGGAAGCAGAGGGAGCUUGAAGAAUAUGAGAGAGAGAGAAAAAGAGAAGAAAAGUUGCGCAAAAGGGAACAGAAACAGAAAGAUCGUGAAGUUCGACGAAACAAAAAGCAACUUGAAAAGCUUCAAGCUGAAGAACAAAAAAAACUACAAGAGAAGAUAAAGUUAGAAGAAAGGAAGCUCCUGUUAGCUCAAAGAAAUCUUCAGUCCAUUAGACUAAUUGCAGAACUGCUAAGCAGGGCAAAGACAGUAAAGCUUUUGGAGCAAGAACAUAAUGAAGAAAAGAUUCGUCUUCAGCAGCUAGAGGAGAGACGAAAACUUCAGGAGGCUGAGCUCAAACGUGUGGAGGAGGAAAAAGAGAGAGCACUGGGGUUGCAGAGGAAGGAAAAGGAACUGAGAGAGAAACUGCUGAACAAUCUUCUGAGCAAGAAAAUGGAUGCAGUUAAUCAAAACAAAGAAGAAACUGAAGCAUCUCAGUCUGUCAUGCUGAAAACCCCGAGUAGUAUUCCACACACUGUGUCAUCCAGCUGCAUCACGUCUACCUCAGGGCAGGCUGUUACAAGCAAACUGGCUCCUGGCUCUCAAAGAGAAGUAGCAUCCCCUGAGAAUGUACACACUCAAUGCAAGUACUUGAAUGGCAACAUUCAUGACAAAGUUCAUGUCAAAGAAGCUCAGAAACUUAAUACCACAAACUCUGAGAGGUGUUCUGAGAAAAGAAGUUCAGGGGUACUUUCAUGUGCUCCUGCCAAUAACCAGCAGCAGAAGAGCCUCUCUAGCUAUGACCAGAAUACCUGCAGGAAGGACUCACACUGUGAGCAGGGCAAACGCAGCACAGAGUCAAGGAGAAGAAAGAGCCGUUCAUGUAGCAGCAUAAACACUGAUGAGAGUAAGGGUAAACAAGAGAGGAGCAGACACAGAAGAGAUGCGAGUUAUCAGGAUGAAAAACGGACGAAAGAAAGGAGGUAUUAUAGACACUCUAGCAGAAGUUACAGUCCUCGACGAAGCCAUAGUCCUCGUCGAAGAAAUGUAAGCCCCAGACGUUCGCACUACAGAAGAACUCGCAGUAGCGAACGUAAACGAGACAGAAGAGAAAGAAGUCAGAGUCGCAGAAGUGUGAGCAGGAGACGAAGGCACCGGAGGAGAUCACUGAGUAAGCAAAGGAGUACUUGGAGUGGGUAGUGGAGGCCUUGGCUCCUUGGAAAAGCUGUGGUUGGACAAAAGGGCCAGAAAGUUGUAAACGAGACCUCAUCGGUGUGACUGCUAUAGAAAACACAUUUGUUUCAACCAAUGCUUAAUGUGUACCUAGUCCCUCAAAUCAAGAAAAUAGAUGCCUGAUUUUUGAUGUUCCUUCGUGCUUUGUUGUCUCUUUCUAGGUAUCUACUGCAAUGUAGGUAUAACCACCUGUGCUCGUGCUCGAGUUCCUACAGUGCUAAAAGCCAACCUGUUUUCUUGAUUUUCAGUUUUCUAAACCCUAAUUUUAGUUUAUUUAGUAUUUAUCUGUAUCACCUAAUUUGGCUUGAGAAGUACGUGUGUGCCAGUUACAGGAGCUCCAGACUUGACAAGCUAAGCUGUUACAUACAGAUUUGAUUUAAAAUGCUUUCUGGUGCAUUCAACGAAAUCACAUUUAACAAAGUAGAGUUUUUGCUGACUGAGAUGCAUAGCAGGACUUUCAUAUAGUUCUUAAAACUGACUAUAAAGAUAUGCAGGAUAUCCUUUAAACUGCUGAUUCCUUCAUAUGUCUGUAUGGUGCCAAGCUUUGUGGCCCAAAUUAUUCUGGCAUGUAAUGCCAUUUGUAUAAUAAUACUUUCCAUGUAAGAGAGGCACACUGAUGUAGGAAGUAAGAAACAGUGGUAAAAUGGUUGAAAAGUUGUUCUAUUAUUUUGUUGACAUAUAUGGCUUUGUAAUUACUUCAGGUGGCACAGAGCCACUUGAAGCAUUUUUUCAGGUACAUACAGAGCUAGCCAUUGUCUUUUGAAAAAGGGGCCUUCUUGCUAAAUUAUUUUUACUUGUGGUGUUGGAAAGUAAGGCUGCAGUGUCUCUUGUUAAAUCUAUUUACAAAUACCUUUGCUUCUAAAAUGCAGCUCAGGAAUAUUAAAAGCUAUAAUAUUACAGUGAAAGAGUUUAUUUUGUCUUUUUAUGGUAAAAUUAAAAAGAAAACUUUCCAGUGAACUGAAGUUGCUGUUUUCAUAUGUUAGUAUAUUAAAAUCUGAAGAGUGUUGUAUGACAACCCAUUUGUUGAAAAAAGCAGUCAACACAUUUGAAUAAUGAAGAUCAGCCACACUUCUUGAUGGUCCUGUUAUGUACAGCAAUGUCAACUGCCAAUUCAAUGGGACAUGUGCUCUUUAUCUACAGCCUUCAGAUGACAUUUUUCUCACACUGAUGCAUCAAAUCAAAGUGCAUCCCUUUCUUGCAGUGCUUGAGGAGCACACUGGUGCUGUAGCUCAGCUGGAUGCCUGGCUGGCUGAGUUUGACUGCAUUGCUUCCAGUGAAUCCAUGUAGGGUUUGCUUCUUACUAGACCAUGUUGCUGAAAUCUUUGUAGUUACUAGCUAUGGAAGGAAAAGGUAGACAUACUUGUAUUUUCCUGGCAAUUCGUGUUUUUAAAGAUCUCCAGUUAAUUCUGUUACUUCUCAACUUUUUGUGACUUCUCUUGUGAUGAGUUUCACUGCUGUCUUGAGGGCUAAGAACUAGACUAAUCAUCUCAACAUCACCGGUCUUUUAAAUUCUGAGCAGUCGCUUUCCGUGGAGAGUUCAUUUUUCUGCUAUUGUUGUUAAAGUAUUAAAAGCCUAUCUACCUGAAGAUAAGUUCAUCUUCAGUAAUGAUUUAGCUAAAAUCCAAUAUGAUGUUGGUUGCAAGUAUUUUGAUAAGGCUGGUGGGAUGCCUGUUUGUAAAUGCAUGCAAUUCUGCUUAGCCUGCUCUUAAAUACUGACAGUCAGUGACAGACUGUUGUCACUAUUGUGUGACAAGUUUAACUGUGGCUGUCGGCACCAGUGUCUCUGAGCUCAGGAUUAGAUUCUUACUAGUAUUUCUGCAGCAUAUUUCUACUGUGGAUUUCCACUGGGAUUGAUGUGUUGGGUGAGGGUCUUGAUGUAUUAUGUAAGUAAUUGGGGAGAUGCUAGUUUAUAAUGUUACUUUCUGGAAGUCAUCAAGCUAUGAAUGGAGUGUCAUUGCCAAGAGUGGAAGCAGUUAAAGCAACGGCAGUCACCAAAAAGUGUUGGAGUCAUACUAGAAGAAUCCAACAGAUACUGUUAGUUGAUAUAAGAAAGGACUGUGCUGGAUAGGUUUUUUUGCUCCAGAGAAGGUGCCAAGAGCAGGUUUUGUAUCUCACCCUGAAAUGAUUAAAUUCCGUAAGCUCCCCUGAUAUUUAGGGCAAUUUCUGAGGCUGGGGAAGAUAAUUGUGGAAAGAAUGUUCAGCUGUCAGGCUUUCAUAAUCAUUCAGCUUAACCAUAUCUAGCAUUGGCUUCAUACAGUGUCCAAAAAGUGCAGUAAUGUAAAGUAACUCAGUUGUUUAUAGUGCUCGUAUUAUUUCUUA